ACAACCAUUAUAGAAACUAAAUGUCUGUGGAAUGUCAUAAAUUCCGUUUGGUAAUCCUGUUGCCCCAAAAACAAAUUCAUGUGAAAUGCAAUGACCAUAACCCUAUUUUAUUCACCUUUUUGUCCACCAGCUAGAACUGUGUUACUUGUAGCCAAAGCACUGAAGCUUCCAGUUAAAAUUGAACAAGUUGACCUACUGUCUACCAGGUACAAACAAUGUUCCUUUAAGAAGCAGCAUCCAGAAAAAACGAUACCUUGCUUGAAGGAAGAGAAUCACUUUAUCUGGGACAGUCAUGCUAUCUCAGAUUAUCUUCUGAAUAAGUAUGGACAGCGAAGUAAACUCAGACCUAAGAAUUUUAUCCAAAAAGCUCACGUCCAACGCUUGAUCCACUUUGAAAGUGAAAAACUAUUACCCUUAACAUUCAAUGCAAUCACUCCUAUAGUUUUUCGGGGAAAAAGUGUCAUUUCGAAUACACUCGUUAAAUCUAUUAAUAAGACUUAUUCAAUGUUGGACAGAGAAUUGCUGAAUUACGAUUGGUUGACAGGAAACAGUCCCAGCAUUGCUGAUUUAUGUUGCAUCUCAUCUUUAAGUACUCUAGACCUCAUAGUGCCAGUUGAAGAAAACUCAAAUUUGUUCUUCUAUAUGCAGCAGUUCAAGGAACUGCCAUAUUACCAAGAAGGUAACCAAGAUGGAUUGAAUAUAGUUGCUGGGGUUUUAUUGGACAAGAUUGUUAAGUCUAGGUUCGGAACUAAGGUCUGUAAGAAUUUAUAAAGAUUAAAUAUUUCAACUUUGAUCAAAUGGCCAUAUAAUUAUUUAUAUUGGAACGAGGUAACCAAGAUAGAUUGAGUAUAGUUGCUGAGGUUCUAUUGGAGAAGGUUGUAAAGGCCAGGUGUAGACCUAGGCUGUGAGAAUCUGAAAUUAUCAAAUAAUUCAACUGAUAAUUUGGCCAGAUAAUAAUUUAUAUUGAACGUAAAAUAUUUUUCGGCUUAAAGAGGAAGAAAAUAUUCUGGACUCAUCUAAAUGAACUGAAGACUUGACAAUCCAGACAAGGAUCCUUGACAAGGAGCAUAUAUCAUCAAAAAUGGAUUUCAUCAAUGAUAAUUCUAAGAAAAUUAUGGCACUGGGUUGAGUUAUCAUAGAUUUUUCAUCAAAUGAGGAUUAUCUAUAAUGAUAUACUGUAUUUUACUGUGAACUCAAUAAUCAAUUUCAUUGUCAAUUUAUGUCUGAAGGUAUUUUGAAAGCUUCACAAAUGUCGGUCUUUGAUUAUUUUUUGAAUUGAAGUUAUCGAAAAAUAUAAACAUAUAAAAUUU